AGCCAACUUCCGCCGUAAAGUGUGACGGUUUCCGUGUUGACCCACGUUGUCACGUUUCUCGCCAGAGAUACAACUAUUCUCUGAUUAAAGUAGCUUUUAGAUAUUCAGGAUGAGGCCACUAACUGACGAAGAGACGAAAACCAUGUUUGAGAAGCUUUCCAAAUAUAUCGGUGAAAACAUCAAACUACUAGUGGACCGACCCGAUGGUUCUUACUGUUUCAGGCUGCACAAUGACCGUGUGUACUACAUGAGUGAGAAGAUUCUGAAGUUGGCCACACACAUUUCUCGGGACAAGCUCGUGUCGGUGGGAACAUGUUUUGGAAAGUUCACAAAGACCAUUAAAUUCCGCCUGCACAUCACAGCUCUGGAUUUCCUGGCGCCCUAUGCAAAGUUCAAGGUGUGGUUGAAACCUGGAUCAGAGCAGUCUUUCCUCUAUGGGAACCAUGUGCUGAAGUCUGGGCUUGGGAGAAUCACUGAGAACACGAUGCAGUACCAGGGAGUUGUGGUCUACUCCUUGACAGAUGUGCCUCUGGGUUUUGGAGUGGCAGCCAAGUGUACCCAGGAGUGUCGGCAAAUGGACCCCAUGUCCAUCGUAGUGUUCCACCAGGCCGACGUAGGAGAGUUCAUCCGGAAUGAAGACACAUUAACAUAAAGAUGCAUCAAUGGCUUCUUUUCUCAACCCAUUUCAUACUCGGCAACAUUCACUGAGUUUCACACCCAGAGCAGCCGGUUUCUUUUAUCAGGAGAGGUUGGUUGGAUCCAAGAGUGUCUUAGUAGCAGAUGUUACAACUGUCCUAUGAUUCCAAUGCACACUCUAUUGACUCUAAUCUGCCCAGCUACAGGAUUCCCCAUUCAGAGCCUCCUGAUCAAAAUGAUCUGUGAUCUUCUUUUGUAAAUGUCAUCUUUAAAAUAAAUCCAUAAUAUCUUUGUCUUGGCGAGCUUGCUACUGAAGUAUGGCUGCAGUGAAAAUGCAUACAAGACACCUUUGCAGUUUUUUUUUUUUUCUAUAAGUAAAGACGACUAAUUCCACAAAUCUAACCCUGAAAAUUUAUUGAACUACAAUAAGAUAUAGAAAUAGGAGAAAAAUACAUAUAAAUAAGAGGAAUAACCCAAAUGCCUUUGAGAAUAAUACAUUUCAUUUUAGGUACCAAGAGAUUAAUGUAUAAUGUCCAUCUGGCCACUUGAACUACUCAAAUCAUGUUCAGUCUCUUCAGUGUUCUCCACCGGUCCUUGAGGUUGACGUUUGUUCGGCCGUUGAAGGAGUAAUAUGCUUUGAUCUUUGUCCAGUUUCCUUCCCCAAAUUUUUGGACCCCUUCUUUCAACUUAUUUGUCUCACUCUCACUCCACUUCUGCAACACAAUAGGAACACGAGGUUACUGUGACUUGUUUUAUUUGAGUUAAUACAACUGACCACAUUCUCACAUUUUUGUUCUGCUUGUGUGGUGCUGGAACAAUCACAUCUUAAAGCUGCAGGAUGGCAGCAAAUGUUUAACUUUUUGAACACAAGAAUCAACCAAAUCGCUUUUAGAAAUAUACGUUUGCUGAAUGAUGGUCUUAUCUUGUGAAUGUAGCCAAUUCUCAAGACUUCCCGCCAGAACAUAAAUGCACCACAACAGAUUAUUUGUUAAUUGUUGACUUGUGAGUAUUACAAACAUCUUGUUGUGCUUACCCUCCUGUGGCCUGAAUUUGAAAUGGUGCUCUCGUUGUGCUCUCCUUUGGGGAAAAACAAAGAUAUGUUACCAGUUACCACAUGAACAAGAUGUUCACAACUAUUUAAAAAAAAAAGGAUUAAGUAGAAGCAGAAAUAUUACUGGUAUUCUUUCUGGAGCUGGGACCGGCUUCUUCAUCACUCCAUGUUUCCUUGCUCUCCUUUGCAGUAUUGUACAGCCGUUUCCUGUGAACAAGAGCAGACAUUAUCAGGCACCCCGAGUCAUGAUGCUAAUUGAUAAAGAGUUGUGACAAACAAACAACCGUCUUUGUGCUGCAUUACACAAUGACAUUGACUACAGUUGUCAAAAUAAAAACCAAUGAAUUUUGAA